GGUGUGGGGGAGUCAUAACGUUUCAUUUUUUUCUAAGCUAUUCUUGUAUACCCUCUCUCUCCUCAUUAUACGGAAAAGUGUGUAGCAACUAUUUUGCGGAUGACCUUUUUAGAUAACCAUAAGCAAACUUUAUUUGUCUUGUUUCCAUGAUAUCCCCCCAAGAGCAGCAAAAGCAAGAAAUUGCAACUACUCCAUCUGGAACCAAAGAAAAUGAAAAACUAGUCGUACCAGGAGUACAAGUAGCUCUAGAAAAUAUUUCGACAAAAAGUGUUUUGAAUGCUGUCAACUAUAAGUAUGCCCAACUCUUUCAUAGAGAACAGGUUUCUUCCGCGCAAAGUAAUACGACUUCCAAGCAAUAUAUAGAAGAAAGAAAAACCAGUAAUGGGACAAUAGGUGAAGUGUUGAGAAAAUUUGAAAAGGGAAGGCUGCUCGGAAAGGGAGGCUUUGCCAAAGUCUAUCAAUUAACGGAUAUUCAUACCCAUCAAAAAUAUGCAGGCAAGAUAAUUCCGAAAAAUGCCAUUCGAAAAGAAAGUGCCAAGCAAAAGUUGAUUUCAGAAAUUCGAAUUCAUCGAGAAUUGAGACAUCGGCACAUUGUAAAGUUUGAAAGUUGCUUUGAAGAUCAAGAAAAUGUAUAUAUCGUAUUAGAACUUUGUCCUAAUGGUUCCAUUAUGGAUAUGGUCAGACAAAGAGGACGCUUAACAGAAUAUGAAACGAGAUACUUUAUGAUUCAAAUUUUGGAUGCUAUUCGUUAUAUGCAUCGGGAGUGUUUAGUGAUUCAUCGGGAUUUGAAAUUGGGAAAUUUUUUCUUAGAUGAAAAUAUGGAAGUAAAGAUAGGAGACUUUGGUCUUGCUGCUCAACUAAGCAGUGACAAGGAACGUAAACGAACCAUUUGUGGAACACCAAACUAUAUAGCACCUGAAAUAUUAUCUGGUAAGCAAGGACACUCCUUUGAAGUAGAUAUCUGGAGCACAGGAGUUGUCUUUUAUACAAUGUUGGUUGGAAAACCUCCAUUUGAAACAUCUGAUGUAAAAAGUACAUACAAAAGAAUCAAAGAAAAUAUCUAUAGCAUUCCUGAAAGCUUGGAUUUAUCUACUAGUGCGAUCGAAUUAAUCGGCUCUAUCCUAAAUUCUGAUCCUGCAAAGAGAUUGAGUCUUGACGAAAUUCGUUCUCAUCCUUUCUUUGAUGCUAAGAUUCCUCGUGCUUUGAGCAUUCAUGCACUCAAAUCGACGCCUGUCUUUGAAGAGUCAGAACUCAUCGAACGAAACAAAGAAUCUUCAAGUUAUAAGAAAGGACGAGAGAAUCGACAACAAACUGUUGUAGGAUCUUCAGGUUUAUGGAAUGACGUCAUUCAAUCGAUCUCUCAAGAUCAAAGAACUCCUUUACAGAAGCUACAACAGCAUAUAAAGUCCAAUGCAGCAAAGAACAACGACCAUGCCGAAAAGUUGCAUCAAGCUUUGGAGAAGCAUCUUCAGCUCAACGAUAAUCAAAGCAAGAAAGAAGAAAAGCUUUUAGAGUCCCAAGAGGCUCAUAGCAAAUCUACGAAAGGAAUAUUUGACAAAGGUUUAGAUACCCAGUCAGAAGACGAAGAACGAAUGGUUUUAAACAAAGUGCGUGAUCAGCUGACAUCGAGUUUUGCAUUAUUGAAAAACGCAGAACAAAGUCCAUAUGCAUUUACUUCGAGUCUAAACACCAACGAUGGAACAACAAGUGGAUCGCCAUCCUUUCAAUCACCUGUAAAUGCACUUACUGGAGGAGCUUGGAUAUGUAAAUGGCUUGAUUAUUCAAAGAAAUAUGGAUUGGGCUAUCAAACUUGUUUAGGUUCGACUGGUGUAUGCUUUAACGAUGGAACUCAAAUUAUUUUGGAGAAAGGCCAACAAAAUUGGAUUUAUUAUAUGAAACGUACCGAAUCUCACGAAGAAAGAAAUGAAAAUAAGUGGAUAAAAAUGACAAUGGAAGACUAUCCUUCAGAACUCCAGAAAAAAGUGAAACUUCUCAUUCACUUUCGAAACUAUAUGCUCGACCAUACUCCCAAAGGUCAAGAGGAUCCUUUAAUAUCUCCUGAGAGUUCGUUUCAAAACAUAGAUACUUCGAACGAAACUUGUGGAGCCAAAGAUGCAACACGUCCUGUCUAUAUUAAGACUUGGUUUCGUUCUCCAUAUGCUAUUAUAUUUCGUCUAAGCAAUCGAAAUAUUCAGGUGGAUUUUAAUGAUGGAACUGAGGUCAUCUUAUCUCCAGAAGUCCAUGUCGUUACUUAUCGAGGAAAAGAUGGACGAAGGAAUAGUUAUCAACAAGGUCAUCUUCCCAGUCUUCCUGAGCUACUAAAACGAUUAAGAUAUGUUAUGGAUCUUUUACAAGAAAUGUUAAACAGAAAAACUUCAUAAAUUUCAACCAUCGCCAUAAUCUGU